GCACUCAGGUAACACUUCACUAUUUCUCGAUGUAUGUCUCGUUCUCAGUUACGUUGAUUACUUCGUGAUUUUUACUGUAUUGACGUCGAUAUUAUCAAUAGAUCGAGUGUUCGCUAUUUCAGUGUAGUGGUAUUAUACUAAUUAAUAUAAUAUAGAAAUAUCAUUCCAACUAUGGAAUGCAUUUUUUUAGUUACUUUAUUUGCAAGCGUGGCUGCGCAAGUCCUGGUAACACUUCCACAAGGACAGAUAAAAGGUCACGAAGUACAGAGUUUUACCAACAGAACAUAUCAAGCAUUCGAAGGUAUUCCCUUCGCAAAACCGCCACUUGGACCAUUAAGAUUUCAGGCACCCGAAGCUCCUGAUAACUGGAAUGAAACUUUGGAAACCACUGAAUUGAAACACUGUUGUUACUCAGUUACUCGUGAUUUUGGUAGAGAGAAUGAGGAUUGUCUCUACUUAAACGUUUUCACUCCCAUACUGGAUAGGGAAAUAAAUGCUUCUAAAUUGCCAGUAGUCUUUUGGAUCUAUGGCGGAGGAUUUAUAAAUGGAUGCGCUGACUGGUGGCCCCAAUAUUGGAUGGAUGAGGAUAUUGUCGUCGUAAUCCCAAAUUAUCGAGUGGGACCGUUUGGAUUUUUGGCAACUGGCGACCUGUCUGCGCCUGGAAAUGCUGGCCUGAAAGAUCAAAGCUUGUCUUUGAAAUGGACUUACGAAAAUGUGCACCUGUUUGGAGGCGAUAACGACAGAAUUACUAUUGCAGGACAAAGUGCUGGAGGAUCUUCAGUCGGCUGGCAACUGCUUAGUGAUAAGUCCCAAGGUUUGUUUAGAGCAGCAAUAAUUGAAAGUGGUUCACCUCUGAAUACUUGGGCUUAUCAGAAUGAUCCAUACGGCUAUGCAAUCGAAUUGGCCAAUACUAUAGACAGUACUAUAACAGAACUCGACACCAACGAGUUGGUUGAAUUUCUACAAGGAGUUGAUUCAAAAAUUAUAGAUACUGCUUCAACUGCCGCAUUAGGGAAGCAAGCACUUCCAGUUAUAGAACCAUAUCAUGCUGACGCUUUUAUAAGCGAAGCAAUGUUUGAGUUAUUCGAUUCGGGAAACUACACACAAGUACCGACAAUAAUUGGGGUAAAUUCAGAGGAAAAAAUUUCUUUGGCUAACGAUAUUGGCGCUUUAAUGAAAUAUGCUGAGGGUGCGGAUGAAACUCCUAGUUCACUAGUUCCAGCUAAUUUUAAUUACAAGGCUGAUGUUGGCUCUUAUGAAGUUGGCAAAAAAAUUCGAAGCAUUUACGUUGGAAAUGAAACACUCGCAGAACAUUUGGGUCAGUAUAUACGGCUUAGUAGCGAUAACCAAUAUACCAGAAGCGUUAUUAAGCAAGCUACACUAAUGGCAAAGUAUAAUGACGUUUUCUUCUAUGUUUUUGCAUACGAUGGAGAAGCUGGAGGAGUAAGUGCCACAUUUCCAGAUGCUGAUAGCGUAGCUCAUGCAGAAGAACUAAAAUAUAAUUGGAGUACAGUACCAUUGGCAGAGCUUAAUGACCAAGACAGGCUGGUACAUCAUCGAAUAAUGCGAUUAUGGGUAAAUUUCGUGAAAUAUUUAAAUCCGACGCCAGUGAACGACGAUCUUCUUCAGAAUGUAACGUGGCAAAAGGUCUCUGAGGAUAGCUAUAACUUCUUAAAUAUUAACGGAUCUCUUAGCUUGGAACAGAAUCCUAAGGGCGGCCAUUUCAUAGGGUGGAAUAGCUUAUUCGAAGAAUAUGCUCAAAGGCCAUUUAAGACCUACUAAAAGUUAACAUAUGCUGGAUGUGAGCACUGGCAGUAAUUAAAUCAAUGUUGUACUA